ACCACACCCGUACGAUCGCGAAGCCGACCCGACCGACCUGAGCCCAUCCACCCAACCCAGCCCGAGCCGGUUCGUUCUCCCCAAUCCAUCCGCUCCCACUCCCAACCUCGCCGGUCGCAUCCGAACCCCGCCGCGCGCCGCCGGCCCCGCCCGUUCGUCCGAGGUCAGAAGCCAACCGCCGGCGACUGCCGCCCGCCGCAAACCCUCGACGCCCCCCCGGAGAUUUCGCUUCGAUUCCAACUCGAACCCAGCUCGUGAGAGGAGGUUUCUUCAAGGGUUUGGACUCCGAGCCGGGGAUGUACGGACAGGGAGGGGGCUUUAAUCCACACUUCCGUCAUGCCGCACCACCGCCGCUUCCGCCGCUGUCGCAGCAACCGCUGCCGCCGCCGCCGCCGCCUCGACCACAAGCUGGGGUAACGGCUGGCUUCCCCCAGCAGUCGUUACCACCGCCACCGCCGUUGGCGCAGUACCCGCAGCCCCCAGCAAUGCGUCCACCGCCUGGGCAGUACCAGCAUGGCAUGCUGCCACAUCAGAAUCAGGCCUAUCCUUAUGCCCAUCUCGGUCAGAUGCACCACAUGCCAAUGCUCCCACAUCAGAGGGGUUUUGGGCAUAUGCAAAUGCCUGGGCCGCCGCAAGCCAUGUAUCAGCCCCCUCCGCAGUAUCCCAUGCCAGUGCCUCUCCCUCCACCACCACCGCGGCCACCAAGCAUUGCUCCAGAUAACCUCCCACCUCCACCCCCGCCACCAUCUUCUCCCCCUCUAAUGCCUCCGUCACCACCAGCUGCUCCAGCAACUGCAGAGUCAUGUGCAGAGACAGAAGGAAAGGAAGGUGCCCCAGAUGGUGGUCAUGAAGGCAAAAGUGAGAAAGAAGCAACUGAAUUAAUUGUGUCUGAUGACUCGGAUAUGGAUAUGGGUGGAGAUGAGGACUCACCAUCAAGGGUUCAUCUGAGCGUUGUCAAUUCUUCGCCUGCUGCUGCUGAAUGCUCUGGAGAUAAUAAUACUGUUAAUGUGCCAAAGGCUGUUAAUGACAUGUCCAACCUUGGCAGUGAUUUGGCACCUGGCAGCAGUGGGAAGACUAAAACUGGAAAUGUGUCUGUCGAAGCUGGGAGCCAGUUGCAGUUAAUACAACAAGACUAUGCCUCAGAUGAUAGCGAGGAUGAGGAGGAGCAUACUCGUGCUUCCAGCAACCCUGUGCUGCCUGAAGAUAAUGAGCCGAAUCAAUCAAGUGAUACAAACACUGAAAUUGGUCAUCAGCAGGUUACUAAUGCAGAGGAAAAUGUGAAUGCAGCUCCUUGCCUUCAGCAGAAUUAUGAGCCUAGAAUGCAUCAGCAUAAGGAUGAGAGAAGCCCAAUAAAUCACAACUCAGAUGAGCCGGGGCAGCCAGUCACAGAAAGUUUAAGUGGCAGUGAGUCUGCUGGAAGGCAACAUAGUGAAAGGCAUGGGAGGAUCCAGACAAAACGAAUCCGUAGCCAGUCACCUAUAGCAAGGAGGAGCUGUAGCCCUUCCGGAGAGAACAAGCACAGUCCAUCCCAAAGUUCAUCACAUGAAAGGCAAAGCAGGUCACCACUUGCUAAGCGGGCUAAUCUUCAUCAGAGCAAAUCACCACACCAUGUGAGUUUGCUACCAGGACAACCACUAGUUGCAAGUUCAGAACCCCAGAUGCAGUUUCAGCCAAAUGCUAUGGCACCAUCAAAUGAUUUCCUGCAGAAUCAGAUAAGAACCUAUACUGCACCAGAUCUUCCUCAUCCUAGGCCAUUGGAUUUCCAUCCUCAUGCUCCCCAGCCAGUUCUUCCUUCUCAACAGCAGCCUGCUGCCUUCCACAAUGAUGAGUUUAAGAGCCCUUUUUCCCUUGACAAUGCACCAGUUCUUCUUCCAGAUGGACGGCCAGAGUUUUCUGCUGGUGUAGGCCUGUCUUAUUCAAGUCAUCAAUCUUCAUAUAACCAGCAACAGCCUCCUCCUGGCAGUUUGGCUUCGGGAGCUAACAUAGCUUACCCAUCUUUCCAGAUAUUUCCAUCAAAUCUGCCUGGAAGUAGUGACUUGGGUCCUGUACCUAUAUCUGACAUUGUUCUGCCUAAAUCGUCUAUCAAGCCACACUACAACCCAUUUGCAUCUACCUUUGAAACAGAUCCGACUCUUGAUAUUAGUCCUAUUCAAAGUCCAAAUGCUGUUGAGUCUGCUUCAGCAAAAGCAGUAGAGCUCAUGAAUACAACUAGUCCUUUUGGUCAGUCUGUUCCUGGAUCUGGAACUCGUUUCAAUGAAAGUUCUGCAGAAGUUGUGCCCAGUCGGCAGAAACAACCUUGUCCUGGCUUUACUCCUAUGGGUCCCUAUGAUCCACUUCUGGAUAGUAUUGAACCCUCAAGCAAUUCAAUCAACAAGAUGGAUCUUGGUCAAGAGGCGAAUCUGAGUGCCACUGGUAGUCGCAAUGCAUCAAAACUUGUGAACAUAGAAGUGGAGAGUAAAAAUAUGCACGGACUCGGGCUUGUUGCUGAAUCAGAAGUUGUAGAACUUGGAGAGGUGGCAGCAGAUACUGAAACAGGUGUGGUGGAGAAUGUAAGUCCUGAGCCCUUAGGUGCUAAAGACUGGAGCUCAGAUAUUCCUGGUGAUAUCGACAAUGACCAGUCAUUGGAUGUAAGUAAGAAGAGUAAGGACUCCAGAUCAAUGAAGCUUUUUAAGGUUGCUAUUGCAGAUUUCGUUAAAGAAGUUCUUAAGCCAUCAUGGAGGCAGGGAAACAUGAGCAGAGAGGCUUUCAAAAUGAUUGUUAAGAAAACAGUUGAUAAGGUCUCUAGUUCGGUUCCUGGCAAUCAUAUACCGAAAACACCAGCCAAGAUUAGACAGUAUGUCCAGUCUUCCCAAAGGAAAGUGACCAAACUAGUAAUGGGUUAUGUUGACAAGUAUGUGAAGUUAUAGCUGCAUCCUUAAAUUGGACUGGGCCAAUCAGAAGAGACUUCCUUUGCAGUUGUAAAACUUGUGAAGAGUACUGAUUCAGGUGGCAAGCCGUGUAUUGUCUCUAAUGGAACAUCUAUUUGCAUGAGAAAGUCCUUUAGCAAGAAGGUAUUCUUGUAAGUACUGAGGGAACGGCUGUAUUAGAAUCACGUGUUUAAACAUCAGUUCCAUAUUCGGUUAAGUUGCUGCCUAGUCCUGUUCUGUUGGUUGUAAAGCACUUUGUUGAUAUUUCUUUCCCUUUCCACCCAACACAGGGUAAGUGAUAGGCCUGAUAGCAGGAUGAUGUAUUUUUCCUUGAGCUGGUUUCUUUAGAACAUUCAUUUUUGUAUUUUUGUAGUAAUACUUAAGUGUGGACCAAGCCGCCAUGCUUACCUUCA